UUGCCGUAGCAGCCACCCAGUCACCGCUUUGAGCAUGCGCACUGUGUUCUUUCAGCUCAACUUCACUUGCUUUCCACGCGUGUUUAGCACACACACACACACUUUGGGAAAAGUCUGUUUUGAAGGCAUAGAUUGUGUCUAUAAGACGUGUCUUUCAGAACUAUGGGAGGACAGGCAAAGGGCAAAAAGAAAAACAAGCCAAAGAGGAAAGACAACCGGCCAAACAGGGACGCAGGUAUUGUUGGGUUGACACCACAGGAAAGGAUGAAAGUGAGAAUGCAUGAAAAAGCCAAGAAGAAGACAGCUGAGAAGUACUCUGUACAGCAACUACUAGAAAAGGCAGAGGAAUGUGUGGACACUUUUGAUUUCGAGAUGGCUAGCCUUUUCUGCCAGCGAGCCCUCGAUGUGGAGCCCAACAACCUGCAAGGUCUGGACAUGCUGGGACACAUCUGCUCUGAACUGGGGGACACACAGAAAGCUAAGGGAGUUUUUCUACGUGCUGUGGAGCUGAGCCCGGAUGAAGGCCACAGUAAGUACAUGUACCUGGGACAAAUCCACACAGGCCAGGAGGCUGUGGAGUACUACACUAGAGGAAUACAAGUCCUGCUGGCUGCAUUGGAUAAGCAAGCUCAGGCCACAGCUCAAGCUGGAGCUGCUGCCUUACCAGAAGAGGACCCUGAACUCCCCACAGCAAAGGAUGUUUGUGUAGCCUACUGCUCCAUUGCUGAGAUUUACCUCGCAGACCUCUGCAUGGUAGAGGGAGCUGCAGACAAGUGCAGAGAGUACAUCGAGAAAGCAUUACAGUAUCACCAUGACAACCCUGAGGCUCUACAGCUCAUGGCCAGUUACCUGUUCAGUACAGAGAGAAACCAGGAAGGCAAAGAAUACCUGUUGAAGAGUGUUGGACUGUGGCUACCUGCCCAGAAAGAGAGUGCAAGUUCCUCCAGAACAGAGGAAGACUCGCAGAAUGAGAUCCCUCCGUAUGAGUCUCGCAUCACCACGGCCAAACUGCUCAUCGAGUCUGAGGAAUAUGAGAUGGCGGUAGACGUGUUGGAGGGUCUUCUGGAGGAAGAUGAUGAAGUCGUUCAGGUGUGGUAUCUUUCAGGCUGGGUGUGCUACCUCCAGCUGGAAAAAGCAAAGGAGCAGCAAGAAAGAGAGGGCAGAGAAGUGACGGAGGAGGAAAAGGAGGAGUGGAAGGCGUUAAAGGAGGCGGCCAGAUCGUACCUGACCAAUGCUAAGAAGAUGUACAGUAAGCUGCGAUGUGAUGACCAGCCAAUGCUGGAGCAUGUGGAGCAGCUGCUAGGCGAGCUUGGAGGAGAGAUGACGGAGGGAGACGAGGGCGAGGAGGGAGACGCAAUCCUGGAUGAUGAUUAUGAACCCUGUAGUGAUGAGGAGGAGGACGACGAAGCAAAUGCACCCAUGGAACACUGACCACAGCCUCUUGGUCGUACUCUGUGAUUUCACUUUUUCCCCCAUCAUCCUUCCCUCUAGUUUAAAUGUUCCUGUGCCUUUUUUUUUUUUAAUGGUUGUCCUUUCACACCCGUUUAUUAAAGCUGAAAUUUGAAUACAACUCAGAUGCACAAAAAGAGUGGCAUUAAAAGCUGCACUCGACUCAGUCUCUUUCAGCUAGUUUUUUUUUUUUAUACCUUUGGUGGAAAUAAGUGCAUACUUGAAUUAUGCUUCCCUUAAUCUCCUUGACAGACGUUGAUGAAAGAUUGAAAAAAUUAGCUUUAGAGCUUUACGUCUUACCAGCAGCAAAGGCAAAACACUUUGGAAUGCUUUUACCUUCACACAUUUGUUUCUACAAGCGUACAUACACAGCACACGUUUUCACACACAAACAAAAUAAACGUUAAUUACUUCACAGCUCUUUCUCCUCUCCAGUGACUCCAGUGUAGUGAAAUAUCUCAAAUAUCUCAUAUUAGAAAACCGUGUCUGCCAACACACAGUUAAUGCUACCUUUACAUGUUACGGUUCAAAUAUUUUAAAGUUGAUGUGCAAUUCCUGAAUUGUUAUGCUAUUCAGUUUGUUCCCCCGCUUUGGAUCCCCUCCCCCUCUCUUGUUAACUCAUUGGAUUCAACAAGACAAGACACAAUAGAGAGAAUUUGACAUCAACUUAUGCACGUGUGUUUUUUUCCCUGCUAGACUGUUCAAAGUGCCUGGCACAAAGCUUUUUAGAAAGGAGAAGCGGACAACUCUUUAUUCGCUUUUAUGUUACAGCCUUUUAAAAUUCCCAGAUAGAGCUAUGUAGCAUAAUGGCAUGGAACAAUAAUGGACUGAUGCCUUUGACUCUUUCUUUCUUUUCUUUUAACAAUUGAGUGCACCUAGGUGAAGAGGAAGAGGAGUUUGUACAUCUCUGUGGUAGACAGCUAGAUAUGCACUUACUGGUGAAUGAAAAAAAGAUUAUAUCCUCUGAAAAGUGAACAGCAGCAGCAAAAGAAAAAACUGCAAGAUAUUCACAGCAUAGCAAACUGCUGGUUCAGAGGUGCCAGAUUUAAAAUAAAAACAAAAAC